UGCCAUAGUGUACACGCAAUCCAAGACAUAAGCAGAUAGCCCUUCUAAGACCAAACUGAACUCAAAAGAUCUCUGUUCUUUUUUCUUCUUUUCCUCAAACUAAACCCUGGAAAAACAAAAAACAAGAAUAAUGGGCCAAUCCUCGUCGGAGAAACUAAUCCUUGUGAACAGCGAACCCGAUGGGAUCGCCACCAUCACCAUCAACCGACCUGCAUCUCUCAACUCUUUGACUCGGCCCAUGAUAACAGACCUGGCCCAGGCUUUCAAGGCCCUAGGAAGAGACGACUCGGUGCGGGUCAUCAUCCUUUCCGGCUCUGGGCGGGCGUUCUGCUCAGGCGUGGACUUGACGGUGGCACAGGAAGUUUUCAAGGGUGACGUCAAGGACCCGGAGUCAGACCCUGUUUUUCAGAUGGAACUGUGUCCCAAACCCAUUAUCGGAGCUAUCAACGGGUUCGCCGUGACUGCUGGGUUCGAGAUCUCGUUAACUUGUGAUAUUGUGGUCGCCGCUAAAGGAGCCAAAUUCAUGGAUACCCAUGCCAGAUUUGGGAUAUUUCCAUCAUGGGGUUUAUCCCAGAAGCUUCCACGCAUCAUAGGACCCAACAAGGCUCGUGAAGUAUCGUUAACAGCCAUGCCUUUGACAGCUGAGCAGGCUGAGAAGUUGGGGUUUGUGAAUUAUGUCGUCGAUGAAAGUGAAUUGUUGAAGAAAGCUCGACAACUUGCAGGAGCAAUUGUGAAGAAUAACCAAGACAUGGUUGUCAGGUACAAGUCUGUGAUCAAUGAUGGAUUCAAGUUGGAUCUCCAUCACGCUCUCGCUCUGGAGAAGGAGAGGGCUCAUAAGUAUUACGAUGGAAUGACCACAGAGCAGUUUAAGAAGAUGCAGGAAUUCAUAGCUGGACGGAAUUCCAAGAAACGAUCUUCCAAGUUGUAAUCUAUGGAAAUUCUUUUCUUCCUGCUUAGUCACUGUUGUAAAACCAAAAUGUUAGAGCCACCUAGGCUGGAGGAAAAUAAAAUGAAUAAAUAAAUUCUUGGUUGCAGCUAAAGCCUGCUCUUUCAAUUACAUAAAAAUUUGCUCUGCCAAAACUUGAAUGUAGAGGUUUGGUUUUCA